CAGAUAUGCGUCGUUACGCAGGUUGGGGGGCGAGGAAAGUGAGGGACAGGAUGCGCUGUGUUAUACCACUUCACAAUUUCUUCCUUGUACACACAAUACUAUUUCACGUAUAGUUAUACCUCGUAACGGACUAAACUCUAAAGUUUGAUUGUCCACCAGGUAUCGAGCUUUAAGAUACUGUGCUAGCACGCACGCAGCAUUCUACGUGGAAAUGUUUCAUUCAAUAUUCGCCUUCGUAUUUGUCGUCUCGUUCUGGAGAGUAUUACACGGACAGCAACUUCCGUCUGAUCGCCGGGCGAGGUUAGAGGCCGCUCUCUUGGAACAGAGUAUACUGGAGAACAUCAGGCCACUCGUGAAGCAACUCUGCUCAAGCGAAUCCUCCACUGACCACCGGUACUCCAGCCAUCGGUCAGAAGUCCAGUCCCUGACCAAUCGCGUGGACGCUUUGGAGGAAUGGGUUCUGUCACAAAAGAUAAGACAACAAAAGGAUAACUGCACCACCCGUUUUAAAAAGAUAGAUCCUGCACCAGAUGUACAUGUUUUUGAGGGUGUAUGCUAUUAUGUUAACAGUUCUAGACAGACAUGGAACGACUCACAGACUACAUGUCAGCUGGCUGGGGCAAACCUGGUGACGUUGGCGAGCAAGCAGGUCCAGGACUUCAUUCUAGGUCUGAUGCAAAAUAAUUCGGGUGAGCGAUUGACUAGCGUGUGGGUGGGCGCCAAACAGCUGUGGAGCAGUGACGAUGACGACACUGUCGAUGAUUUUUCCGGACGGGGAACAGAUCAACCUGACCUAGGAUCUCUUUGGGGCUGUCCCGUAAUUACUCUACACGACCUGACCUCGCAUCAUGUAAACUGUAUUCAUAACCUACCUCUUGCCUGCGAACUGUGAACAGUGAAGUUAGUUAUCACUUUAACUACAGCAUUAUAUUAACAGUUCCAAGUGUAAUUGACUCAAUCACCUAUGUUGAGGGCAAUGUCAUUACCAAUCAAUCAAUCAACUUUAUUGCAUUUUUACAUCCAAUUUACAAGGAUCGCGCUGCAAACAUCAAACAAAAAUUGAUACUAUAUAAUGGACAGCAAAAACUACAUACUUAUGCAUUCUGCAAGCCUGCCUUCCUCAGUUCAAAUGACUUUUUAAUAAAGAGGCUUAUUUCCUGCAAAAGCUGUGGGUCAUUAGGUGACAAUAAUAAUAUUAAAUUUUGUAGAUCAGGCAAUAAUGGGUUAAUUUUAUUUUUUUGGAGAAACGAAGUCCUGAUAUUUAAAUUUAUUUUGCAUUUAAAUAUAAAAUGUACUUCAUCUUCUACAGUAUUGCAGAAUUAACAUAGUCGGGAUUGUCGAGGAAUCUUUUUAGAUCUACCAGCCUCAAUUUCUAAAUUGUGGUUGCUUAGUCUCAGCUUUGCCAUCAAUUUUCUAUAUUCAAAGUUGGGUAACGAUAGGUAGUGUUCCUCUGCAUACUUUUUUUUUAAUUUUACUGUAUAGAAAUAACUUACUAUUUUCGUCCAAACUAUGCUUUUUUCAAAAAAGUAAGACUCAAAUUUAGCAUGUAUCGACUUUUUAAACAAUAGUUUCAUUUUCCUUUUCUUUUUUGCAAAGAAUGGGUCGUGAUGAAAGUCAUAGUUAAUAUUAUUAUUCUUUUUUAUUUGGGAAACAUAUGUAAACCAUCUACAUAUCCCAUUUUCGUGGAGUUGUUUAUUUACUUUUAACGACUCCUUUACAAGUACAUUUAUAUCAUUUUCUGUAAUCCUUGCCAAAUAGCACAAUGCUUGAGUAUUCACAAAACAGUCCAUGGUAUACUGACCCAGUUCUGCCCUCGAUGGAACAUUAACAGCGUAUUUUCCAACUCCCAACGCCAUUUUGCAGAAUUUGAGGUUGAUUUGUUCAAUAGGUGUUUUAUCAAGUAGAGAAAAUGUCUGAAGAUGUAUGGUUUAAAUCUGCUCUUUUGCUUGCAUUUACAAUCUUUUGAUAGUGGUCUGCAUACCAUAUUUCAGAGUUGUAUGUUAAUAUUGGUCUUAUUAAGGAAUUAUAUAACUUCUUCCAUAGCCAAAUUGGCAUAUCAGCUAUUUUAUUUAGAUAUUGCCUAAUUGCAAAUAGAACUUUCUUACUUUUUGCACAAAGUUCUUUAACUGCUAACGUGAAUUUACCGUUGUUACAAAGCGUUGUGCCUAAGUAUUUAUAUUCGGCAACUUGUUCAAUUUCCUUAUUAUUAAAUAAAAACGGGUUUACUUUCUUGCUAGUUGUUUGGACACCGCGUCUAGAUUGAAAAGUCAUUGCUUUAGUUUUAUUAGUAUAAGCUGAGAGCUGCCAUUUAGUGCAAUACUUUUCAAGGUCAUUUAGAGAUUUCUGAAGACCCUCAGGGGAUUCUGAUAAAAUCAGUAAAUCAUCUGCAAAUGAUAAGCUACCGACAUUGAUAUCUCCCAAUUUUAGCGGAUUGUUACUUAGUAUAUUUGACAAGUCGUUUAUGUACAUGUUAAACAGCGUAGGACUUAAACUAUCGCCUUGUUUAACACCCCUAACGAUAUCAAAAUAUUCAGUGGUAAAUUUUUUAAAUUUUAACGAGGAUUGGGUUUUAGUAUACACGUCAUUUACUACAUUAAACAAGUUUCCCCCCACAUUAUUUUGAGCAAGUUUAUACAUUAAACCGUCUCUCCAUACACUAUCAAAUGCUUUGUUAAAAUCAACGAAACAGGCUUACACUUUAUUUUUGGAUUGUUCAUAUUUAGUCAGUAAGGUUUUUAGAACAAAAAGAGUAUCAGUUGUUCUACUAUGUCUUCGAAAACCGAAUUGAUCUGGACUAAUUGUUUGUUGCAUAAAAGUAGUAAGUCUUCUAUUUAAAAUGCCGUUUAAUACUUUCGCCAAGCUACUUUGGAGGGAAAUGCCUCGAUAGUUGUUUAGCAAAUCGGAUUCUCCUGACUUUUAAAGAGGGAGUAAAAAAGAUUUAUUCCAAGAACUUGGGUAGCAACCCGUUUUCAUGAUAGCGUUAAAAUAAUUUGCUAAAAGUGGUAACAUUACAUUUAAAGAAUAUUUAAUAAUUUCAUUGCUGAUAUAAUCUGGGCCAACUGAUUUGCCAGUCCGUAGUAGUUUAAUAACUUCUUUUAUUUCUCUUAUAGUUAUAGCACCAUUUGUUAUAUUAUUGUGCUGAAGUUGCUGUUUUAAUUGACUUAGUUUCAGUUCAAUUCCUUUUUUGAAUGUUGUAUCAUUGCACACAUUUUGGUUUCCCAAGUUUUUAAAAUGUGUAACGAACUCUUGCCAAUUCGGAGGAUCUUCAAGAUCAUCCAUGCUCUUUGGUUUAAGUGAUUUUAACACAUGCCACAGUUCCUUCGAGUCGUUAUUCGGGAUUUCAUCAAUUUUGUUCCAUAAAGUUUGCUUUAAUGUUUUCUUUUUCCGUCUUUUCAUUUUUUUAAGUAGUUUAGCAAAAUAUAGAAACUUCAGUCUUAGUUGAGAAUCAUAUUUUGAUUGUUUCAAUCUAGUUCCCAGAUUUUUGACAGUUUUCCGAAGGUCAAAGAAUUCUUAAUCUGUCCAAAGUGCCUUUUUAAUUCGUUUUGGUCUAUAUCCCUUUCUUUCUAUAAGAUACGUACAUUUAUCUUGUAUUUUAUCAUACAUGCUUGUAAUAAGCGACGUGGCGUUCUCAAUCCCUACAGAACUAGGGGGAAUGUUCAUGGUUUGGAGUUCUAGUAUGUCAUUUUUUAUAGUAUUGUCUUCCAACACGUUAAUUAACUUAUUAUUGGAGUCUUUUUGCCAAUGAUACAACUUUAUGAUUGAUUAAUUGAAUUUAAAUUCAUAUUUUGCUCAUUCUUAAUAUCGAUGUUAAUCAUAUCUAGAAUUAUUUACUACCUAAAAAUAAGAACGCAAGCAGUUGUUAUUGUACAGGAAAAAGGAACAAAAUGAAAAAGAAGUAUUCAUUAGUAUGCGAAACAAUAUGAAAUACAAUGUAAUAAUUGUCAUGUACUCCACUGUAUACUUACAUGUGAACAAUCAAAAAUAAAAUAUGAUAAAAAAAACCAACACUUUAUGUUGUUAGUUUCCACAUUCUCGACCGAUUUCACAUAGCUAUCAGAUAUUUUACAUGCUAGUAUAGUAACUGUUUGCACAUCAUCGGAUAAGUAUGUUGGCUCCUGCACAAUAAAAUAGUCAACUGAGGAAAGCAGACUUUCACUUGUCAAGACAUAAUCUACCACACUACAUCCAUUAUGUUUUAUACAAGUGAAAUUUCCAAGUAGAUCACCUAAGAAUCUACCAUUUAAGAUCCUUAGUCUUGUAGAGACACAUAAAUCUAGUCAUUGACGACCUUGUACAUUGGUGAUCUUAUCUAGAGAGUUUCUAUUUUUCGUGUCACGGUCAAUAGUAUACAUGGGCAUGCAGCAAUGGUGAUAUAUGUGCCGAUAUACAUCAUCAUUUUCUUGAAAAUCAUGUAAACAUCCAGUUCUUGAAUUAAAAUCGCCCGCAAGAAUGACUUCACCGACCACGUUAUAAUUUGAUAUUUCGUUCUCAAUCUCCGAAAAAUCAUCUUCAUAGUAAGGGGAUGAAACAGGUGGCACAUAAACGGCACAUAUAUAGAGUUCAAGUUCAAGUUCAAUUUGUUUAUUUAAGUGUCACAUAUCACAAUUACAUUUAUGUUCAUUAAUACAUAUAAAAUACUUGUACAAAAUAUAAAUCAAUUCCAUUGGUACAUAUAAAAUACUUGCAGUUGGCUGUUUCCUAGAACUUAAAAUAGUUUGUUUAACAUAAAAA